AAUUCGAUUGUCCUUCGUAACUUGGUCUCCGAACGUCGCUGUCUUCUUUCACGAUGAGGAAAUGGAAUUUCAUCCUCUCCCAUUUCAAAUCAAAGACGAGCCUAACUGCAACCUCUUCGGCUUCUCGAACCAAUCCAAUUCGCCCCAAUAAUUUCAGUAACCUCAUUCAAAUUCAUAAUCCUAUUGCGCCACUCUCCCUUCUCAAUUCGUGCCGCUUUGCCUCCACAAUCGCUCAAAAUUCUUCCGCUUUGAAUCCCGUUCAGGAUUCCGAUGACAAACAGGUCAUUGAUUUUCCUGGAGGAGCCAUAACGUACAUCCCUGAAAUGAGGUUUAUAUCUGAAUCAGCUAAGGAGAGAAUACCCUGCUACCGUGUCCUUGAUGAGAAUGGACAACCAAUUUUGGGUCAUAACUUUGUGCAGAUUAAUAAGGAAGUUGCUGUUAAGAUGUAUACUGACAUGGUUACUCUCCGAACUAUGGACGCUAUCUUCUAUGAAGCCCAAAGGCAAGGUAGACUAUCUUUUUAUGUGACAACAAUUGGAGAGGAGGCUAUUAAUGUUGCUUCAGCUGCAGCUCUUGCUAUGGAUGAUGUUAUUUUCCCUCAGUAUAGGGAACCGGGAGUCCUGUUAUGGCGUGGAUUCACUCUGCAAGAAUUUGCAAACCAGCUUUUUUCCAAUAAAUAUGAUAAUGGGAAAGGAAGGCAGAUGCCAGCUCAUUAUGGGUCCCACAAGCACAAUUACUUUACUGUAGCAUCAACUAUUGCUACACAAAUUUCCCAUGCUGUUGGAGCUGCUUAUUCCUUAAAGAUGGAUGAAAAGGAUGCAUGUGCUGUAACUUACUUCGGUGAUGGUGGCUCAAGUGAGGGAGAUUUCCAUGCUGCUUUAAAUUUUGCAGCGGUGAUGGAGGCCCCGGUUAUUUUUAUAUGCCGGAACAAUGGAUGGGCCAUCAGCACCCCUAUUUCAGAUCAGUUUCGAAGUGAUGGUGUUGCCGCAAAAGGACAGGCAUAUGGAGUCCGUACCAUCCGUGUAGAUGGCAAUGAUGCCCUGGCCAUUUAUAAUGCUGUUCAAGCUGCUCGUCAAAUGGCAGUUACUGAAGAGAGACCAGUUCUAAUAGAAGCUCUUACAUAUAGAGUGGGACACCACAGCACAUCGGAUGACUCUACCAAAUAUCGUCCUGCAAAUGAGAUUGAAUGGUGGAGAAAGGUGCGUGAUCCUGUGGCUAGAUUUAGAAAGUGGAUGGAAAGAAACGGUUGGUGGAAUGAUACGGCUGAGUCAGAGCUUAUGAACAGUUUGAGACAGCAGCUUCUGCAUACAAUUCAAGUCGCAGAGAGUGUAGAAAAACCUCCACUUGCAGAUGUUUUUAGUGAUGUUUAUGAUGUCCCUCCGUCUAAUCUCUCUGAACAAGAGCAAUGGCUGAAGGAGACGGUAAAAAGACAUCCACAAGAGUACCCAACAAAUAUUUCUGUGUAGACAUUUCAAUAUGAUUAUUGAGAUUACAUAUUUUAAUAAAAGAAAAAUUGCCU